AUGGCAACGUCAAAAGAACCACAUGAUUCAUUUGGAGGAUUGAAGAUAGGCAAUAAAGAUACUAUCAAUAUUAGCUUAUUUUGUGAAUUAUGUAAAUUGUUAUUACUUGAUCCAAUACAACUCUUAUGUUGUGGUACUCGUUUAUGUCGAUGGUGUUCAAAGAAGGGCUUACUAGAUAGUAAACCAUUUAUCUGUUCAUUUUGUCAUACAAAACAAGAACAAAAACAAGCACAUGCUGAUCGAGGAGCUGAACGAGAACUAAAUAUGAUUAAAAUUGACUGUUAUUCAUGUUCUUGGAAUGGAUUAUAUAAUGAUUAUAAAGAACACUUAGGACAACAACAUGCAUACUUACAAUGUAGUGAUUGUUGUGAACAUUUUUUCUCAAUAAAUUUAUAUGAAGAACAUCGACAAGAGAUUUGUGAAUAUCGAUCUAUAUUAUGCGAGUUGCCUGGUUGUAUGGGUCUCAUAAAAUGGACUAACAUAGGAACACACUACUUAUGUGAUACACAUCAGAAAAUGUUACUUGAAGUUAUUAUUCAAUAUAUUUUUAAGCACAAACGUUUACCUAAUAAAUCCAAUUGUUCAGCAACUAUAACUAGCGUUGUUAGUGAUAUGAAACAAGAAUUGAUUACUGUUCAAGAAAACGUUAAUAUUCUUUUACCAGAAGUGGAAUGUUCUUUGAACAAUUGCACACGAUUGAAGUCUGAACAUGAUCAAAUAAAAACAACAUGUGAUAAUUUAAUUCAACAAAAAAAUACAGUAGGAAAAAUGAUCAAAGAUGAUAAUGAAAAAGUUAAUAAGUGUAUACAAGAGCAAAACGAUAUGGAAAAACAAAUAGAUGAUACUAAGAAAUUACAACUCUAUACUAAAACUUUGUCAUUAGAUACUGAUAGUACAAUGACAUUUUCUUUUAUUAAGCAUCCUCAUGAAAUAAAUUUACCGUUUUCAAUAUAUUCAUCACAAUUUAAAACAUCAAUAUUUGGAUAUAAUUUUAUGCUUCGUAUAUGUUCAACUAUUAUAUCUGGAAAUGAAAAUCAAGAAUAUUUAUCAAUUUACAUAAAAUUACUUCGGGGAGAAUUUGAUCAAAUCCUUUUAUAUCCAUUUCCUUAUAAUAUAUAUUUAUGUUUAUGUGAUCAAUCAAAACAAAAGAAACAUAUUGUAUCAAUGAUUAAACCUGAUGCAAAUCUAUUAUCAUUUGUUCGUCCAACAAGCGAGAAGAAUAAUGAAGUUGGUAUAAUUAAAUAUUGUCCAUUGAAACUUCUUAAAGAUGCCAAAAGUAAUUAUCUAAAAGAUGGUAUCUUUUUCAUUCGAAUAUUUAUUGAUUU